CCCGGGGUGUUCAUCUGUAUGUUCGUCCGGCUGGCAGGUUAGCUACAGCCGAUAUGUUGUGGGGUGAGGGUGGUGCGGGUGGGCAGGUGCGGGCCGUGCAGGUGGGGGCUCUGGAGCCAAAGUCCGCAGCGAGCUGAGUUGUCUCCCACUGCGUUCACUCAUGGACGUGGAUGUCACUAAGCUGUGUAUGGAUGGGCAUGCCAGUCUUCCCGUCCCCACAAUCCCACCACUAUGCGCAUUUCAACAUCGCCCCUGCGCAUGGCGUCAGUACGUCCAUGGCCACCGAGCGCUAGAUGGCCGGCAUCAAGGGUGACUCGACUGGGACGCAGGCAGGUUUGUCCCAACGUCGGCUUUAGAUGUUGCUCUCCAUCCCUCCCUAUCCCGGCGAAAGAACGUUUCUGAGCCGCUGGAGCUGCCCUUGUUUCUAUGUCGGCAACAGAAUUUCCGAUGACAUCGAUACCGGUAAUCCAACCGACACCAACCCGGGCCAACCGAACCGAACGACUUUCUUUUGAACAGGUCAUGCGGCUGCACGCUAUCCUCGUACGCCGGAGUCCUCAGCUGGUCCCCGUACCACCGCCGAUGGCUGAAAAUGGGAUCAGUACUGCAAUGGCAGUAGCGCCGGAGUCGGCAGCAGCAGCACCCGCCGCUACCGGCGCCGCCGCCGUGGAGGCGGCACCUGCGCAGCCAACGGCGCUGACACGCUUCGUCACCUCUGCAACCCCACGCGACAUCGGGAUUGUGCUCUGGGGUUGUUGCGAUGGGCGCUUGGCGGCGAUGUGCUGGCGGCGGAAUACGUUUUGAUGCAGCUUCUUGGCCGGGUCGCAGCUCGGGGCGACCCGGCGGCAUUGGGGCAGCUGACACUCAAUCUGUGCAGGUGUGGCGCGGGGGCCGCUUGGUGAUCUCAGUGCUUACAGACGUUCACUGGUUGGUCCUUUUUCCUGCACCCGCUGGCUUCAUAAAGCAUGGGAGCGCUGUUCGUAAAGUUACCCAGCCUGGUGCAAGCAGCACACGCUGGUCCUUGUCCGCCCCAGCACCUUUGAACACUGAACGUGUGUCGGCCUUGCGUACAUGCUUUGCGGCGCAUUAGCGCAGCGCCAGAUCACUCCCAAGACGCAACAGGAAAUGACGUCCUUCCGGGGGCAAUGCUCCCACUGCGCCGUGUGCACCCAUCACAAUCCCAUGUUCCCCUCCGCCCGGCAGGUGCCCCCGGGGGGGCCGCUCCGCCACGCCUGCCGCUGUCUCCGCAACCGCACAUAGCAGGCCGCCGCUGGCGAGCGAGCGGCUGGGUGACGGUCCUGGUUCCCUGUGCACCGCGCUGCAUGCCGCCAUCAGCAGCUUUGUGCCCUUGAGUGUCGCCCUGCCUCUGACCGUUGAGAGCUGCAACAGGUGCGGGGUGCAAGUGGUGGCGAGAGCGGAUGGGUGGGUGGUCAUUUGGUGGGUGGCCCCCGCUGCCGGGGGGAAGGGGGAACCGCCGCAUGGGGGGGGGGGGCUCCAGUGCCAUGACCGUCGCUGCAGCGGUGCUAGUGGCGGAGGGAGCGGAGGGGAAACAUCGAGAGCGGGUAACUGGCGGACCGGCGGCUUGUCCGGUGACGACCAUAGUUUUUUGUGUAUGUGUGUACAUGUCUGUGCAUACCUGUCGUGUUUGUGUUUAGCGCUGUUCUGCUGUGGCGUGCUCGCGUGGCCUCUUAACGUGCCGCGCCGCGUGACGUCCCGACGUGUUUUAUCCCAGGUUAUCCUGGGGGCCGCAAAGGGACCCGGCUCGCGAGCGCACACGGCCAUCGCCGCUGCAGCUAGCCCCAGGCACUGUCGUACUGUUGGACGAGACACUGAUGGCUCCAGGCCAGCUCACCACUCAGGGAGUGGCUAGCAUGCAGGUGAGAUCCAGGGGGAACCGGGAUGCUCGUGUCCCUCUGGUUUCGGUGCGGCUCGGCCCUUCUGUCUGUUGUCUUUCCGGAGGACCGGCUUACGCGGGACGUGCAUAUGUGCAAACUAGGCGCCGUAAUCACACGUGCCUGGCUUGGCCGUGUGAAGCCCAGCUCUCCUCCCAUCUACCCCCUCGUUCACCCCUUUCGCUAAUACCCCCGGCCAGGCGCUGAUGACUAUAUCUCGGCAGCAGGAGCUCAUGUACGACUAUGAGACGUUCCAGCACCCGGUGCCCGUAGACUUGCCGGUCAUCGUUCUCACGGAGGGGAGGUACGGAAUUCGUACGGAGUGUCUUGAAUGCUAUCCCAUUGACAUGGCGAAAGCUUAUCAUGUCUGUAUAGUUCAUCUUUAAAUGAGACAUUUUGACAUUUUCGUCUGGGACUCCUUUGCCCCCACCAACAGGUCACUGCUACGCGACUCGGUGCACGUUAGAGUACCUCUGAACGCCACGCAAGCUUUUCCAACGGCGGAAGAAGUCCUGGCGGCGACAAACGGCGGCUAUGCGACCAUCUCCUCGGGCGCCACCGGGCUGUCGGACACCCAGGCGACGGCCAACAGAGCUGAAGGAGGCAGCCCAGCCACCUCGGCCGCCAACCCCACUGCCGUCACCGUGCCGCCAACCUGUGCCAGGAUUCCGGAGGCCGAGUUGGCGGCGGUACGGUCGUACCUCUCGGCUGCACGUGCAACAGAAGGGUACGAGUUGGCCGACGGAAUGGUUGCCGUACUCGAGCAGUACUUUGUGGACGCUCGGAGACCGGAGAGUCGCGGUAGCAACGGCGCAGCGGCGGCGACAGCGGCAUCUGCUGGUGGCGGUUUGACGGCGGAAGAGUUUCACACGAAACUCACGGUACGGUGCGGUACAUUUCUGUACAUUACCCCGUGUGCGGUCGGGCAAGGCAUUGAGGCCCAAGAAUGCGGUUUGUAAGGGGAGGGGGCGGGGGCGGUGAGACGGUGAAAUUCCGGUUCCCGGUUCCCAGGAUGACCAUCCUCCACGCGCAUUUUGAUGUCCAGAAGUUCCUGGCCUGGCCUGGCCUUUGAUCCCACCCACCCCCCCGGAAAGCCUGAAGAUUGGAGUCUCCUCUCGCGGCGGGUGCCUGAGGGGACUGAUUCCUCCUUGGCUGCUCCUCAUCAAUGCCAUCGUGAGCCUUUUCGCCCUCUUUCUGCCCCAAGCCUUCCUGUUCCUUUUUGCGCCCCCUUACCACCCUCUUACCGCCCCUCCUUCCGCCCGCUGCUCGGCCCUGUGCAGCUGGCCCGGCUGCUCGUCCUGAGCCACGGGGAGCGGCGGCUGACGCGGGAGAGGUGGCAGCAGCUGCUGCGCCUGGAGCACAUGAGAGAGGCUCGGCUGAGGGUCGGGUCGUAGGGGGAUUAGGGAUGGGGGGGUAGUGGGGGGGGGGGAAAUCCCUGGUUGGCAAACCCUGCGGGUCAGGUUUUCGCGUUGUCGUACCGUCGCACGAGACCUGCCGCCAGAAUUUAGCUUGACAGCUUGACUCCAGGCUCUCCGCGGGCUCGAGGGGGCAUCUAAUGGGGAAUGCGGUUGUGUGCUGAUUCCUUUGGGUUGGAUGGGCUACAUAGAGCUGGCCCCGCCGCGUGGCUUCGACUCUGCUAAUUGGUUGGUUGGCCUGAGCGCGGUUUACCGCGCUGACGGUCGCAGUUGCUACGUACCACCUGUUCGAUGUUCUUGAUGCUAGCUACUGAUGCAGCGCCGAAGCAAGCGGUGUUGCUCGCUCUGAUGGUUUGGUUGCGCGCUUCUUCUGAUGUUCGGAUGGCGGUGAGUUCGACUGUUUGGUUGUGUUCCGGUAGCAGUGAUGGCUGUGAUGCUGUGGCAGACAGGGUGGUUGAUCCGUUGUACCACAUGGAUACGGGUCGUACAACCUAUGGGGCCCCCGGGGUACAGCUGCAGGGUGGCAAGCACACGAUGUGGCUGCGGCUACAUGGGGGAUGUCCCUGGUUUACUUAAUCCUGGAGUCCUGUCCUUCUUCGGCAGUGAGACACGAAUGGCCGCAAACCCAUAACUGGAGCGUUGGGGACCCCGCGGGCUCCCCCGAGCCGGAAUGAUGAUGGAGGUGACUUGUUGUCGGUUGGGGGUGCUUCUAGACCACGCAGGAAACACACACACACACGCACACACGCACGAACACCUGGGUAUCGGGGCUGCUGGGACGCGCCUGUGCUUUGGCAGGCAAUGCAAUAUUAAAUACUACUGCGCUCUGUUUCUGCCCCUGCGGGCUGUCGUUCCGUGAGCUUCUCGGAGCUGCCUUUUUUCAGAAGGGCCGCUGCGUUUGGGCGCCGCGAAGGAGUACGUCGGGCGCGGUUUGUGUAAUUAAAUCCCGAUAAGAAUAAUAAGAAUAGCGUUAUGGUCGUGUUGAAUGAACCAAGAGGUUUGUGAGGUGACAGGCACCCUGGCGGCGUGCGCCGAGUGCACCCUUCCGGCGAGCAAGGAAAGAGCUUACCGCGCCGCUAUUUCUCCGGGUUUUGUACUUUGGUGAAUUCCGGAGGGGAUCCUAUGCUAUUCGCUUGUGCAUGGCCGGCGCUUGGGAGAAUACCUUAGGUUGCUGAUCCGUAAAGCCGAGAAGGAGGCAGCAGCAGCUAGGUCGCGCAUCUGCCGGUCUUCCUUAUACGUGAAGGUUGCCUAAGCGCACGCAGCACAAGUUGCCACCAGAGGAAUAGGACACCAGCAAAACCACAAAAAGGGCCUAAGGAAGGUAAACACGUUGAGACUGUUUGGGACAAAUUUCGUAUAUGUAUAUAUAAGGGGCAUUGCCCGACAUUGCCUCAACAGGACUCCGGCAAGGUUAGGAAAACCAUAGUCCCUACAAAGGACAAAAUUAAAUUCACCAGCAUCCUAUAUCAUGCUCCAGUGCAGGAUCACGUCUGUCAGUCUUUGUCUCCAUGCACUCGAUGAACUCGAUGGUUCCGGUGGUUGACAAACGACGGUCACGACAGUUUCGUUUCCCCUAACCCUGACUUUUCCGAGUGUGAACCAUGUAUGGAGCACACAUAUUAAUAAUAUGAAUGGGCAUCUUCAGCUCGGGUGACAUGUAAUUGCAUGGAAGACUGCGAGCUUACACCUCCCGGAAGCACCGUAUCUCUUUAAGCGUGGAUAACUCUCUAGACUUGACUCAAGACUCAAUUAUGUGACAUGGGGACUUGAAGGUGUCGGGAGCACCCGCUUCAACGUAAACUUGCAAGUAUGGUGGUGUCCGGAGGAGCACAAAGGCUAGAUAAGUUCGGAUGCUCACGCAUUUCAUAAACGCACAUUUGCCGGUAUCCAUGCCCUCGCUGAGGGGCUUGGAUUGCUCGGAACCAGGUGAGAGUGGUCGCGGAGCAUGGCAAAAGAACUCAAUUUGCGACGAAUAGAUACGAACAGUUUCACGUGUUUCCCAAAUUAAUGUGAAAAUGCAGGUUGGGUUCCGACCCUUUUCGACGUCGGCUUGCUGGUGCGGUCCGCGUAAGCGGACGCUCGCGGUUGUCCGGCCGGAAGGAUGUGCCUUGGCCCUAGAUUUCAAGCCAAAGACUUCAAUUUUUCACCAAAAUUCCAGACCACUACUGGCUGUUUGCAAUGCAGCGCAGCAGCAGGAACCAGGCGUUGAUGAGGCACAACCCAAAUUAAUAGGCGAGGAUUCUGCGGCGUUCGAUCUAGAGAAGCAAAGCAUAAAGUCAUGGGCUCUCUUCGGCGUCCUGCUAUCAACGGUGUUGGGAGCUCUUUACCUCGUCUGGAUUCAGCCCGGUGUAGGCCUUGCUGACGACUAUCUUGCCGCCAUUGAAGCCGUUGCCAACAGCAGCGAGGCAACCAUUGCCCUAAUCCUCCUCAUCUUCGCGAUUGCACACAGCGGCCUUGCGGGUCUGCGGCCGUACGGUGAGCAGCUCAUCGGCCCGCGCGCCUACCGCGUCAUCUUCGCCCUUGUCAGCCUGCCCCUCGCUGUCGUCGCCAUUGUAUAUUUUAUCAACCACCGCUACGAUGGCGUACCGCUGUGGGACCUGCGCGGCGUGCCCGGCAUCCAUGAACUCAUUUGGGUUCUCAAUUUCAUCUCCUUUUGGUUCCUCUACCCCUCCACCUUCAACAUUCUCGAGGUGGCCGCUGUGGAUAAGCCCAAGCUGCACCUGUGGGAGACAGGCAUCAUGCGCAUUACCCGCCAUCCCCAGAUGGUCGGCCAGGGUAUUUGGUGCGCAGCCCACACGCUGUGGAUCGGCAGCAGCUUCAUGGUCGUCACGUCAGCAUGCCUCAUGGCGCACCAUCUCUUCGGCUGCUGGCACGGCGACCGCCGGCUAAAGGCCAAGUACGGGGACGCGUUCGAGGAUGUCAAGGCGCGUACUUCCGUCGUGCCGUUCGCCGCCAUUCUGGACGGCCGCCAGAAGCUGCCGGACGACUACUGGAAGGAGUUUGCGCGCAUGCCAUACUUCGCCGUAACGGCUCUGACGAUCGGGGCAUACCUGGCGCACCCGCUGAUGCAGGCUGCUAGUUUUUCGCUAAAGUGGUAAUGCAGCAACGGUGGUAGGGAAAACACGGGUUGCCGAUGGAAGCAAGUCGGCAUGGUGCUUUCGCGGUGGUGGCCAGGCUGUUGCGGUUGGUGCUGGCGAUAUGGGGAUGUGGGCAGCUGCAUUUCGUGCGGUUUCAAAAGCAGGUAUGGUAUGAAGACGCGAGAGCAGGCGUGGCAGCGGCCUCGGAGGGGGAGUACCUGUAACGGGACUUUGCGUGCUUACGGAUUUAGGCUUUUUGCCUACUAACGAGUUGCAUGGGUGGCCAGUGUGGACGAUGCAGCGCUUCCAGCUGGCGAGCUGGUACACGCUUGAGGAUGGGCAUGCAGAGCGGGCUGCGGGCGAGUUUAAACUGUCCAUUUAGCUUUCGGUGUCGUGUCACACAUGCGCGGAUGGGACGCACAUGCUGUUUCCAGGCCAAGUCCGGCGAUCGGUGGCAGGGUGUGGGGAAGCUAUUUGUCACUGAUAGAGGGUUACAUGUUCCGGCUGCAUUUUCUGAAGGCCGCGAGUUAAAGACCCCGGGUCUACGACGGCUUCUCUGUGAUGGACCUGAUCGCUUGGCUUUAGAUCACCGCAGCCCUUCUCUGAUCCGGUGGCAAGCCCGUUGAGGCAUAUAAUGUAUACACGAUACCAGCUGCUUGCAUAGGCUGCCUGACUUGUCCAGACUGUUUGAUUGAUGCCGGCCUUGGAUCCGUCUAGGGAGCUGGGUGUUGUCCUUUCGGAGGUUUUGCCGGCACACGGGGCGCGGGUUAUCCGCCUGAACCCGUCGUGGUCUUCGACCCUUAGGUACCCCGUUCGGUCGUGUGUCGUCCUUCCUGCGAUAUCCCCAAAUGCUGCACUGAGUCACUGAACAUUUCAACAGUUUCUUGGUGACCUAUGAUGCCCACGAAAGAGAGUGCGGAGUCCCAAAGCUGCAACCGCGAGCCCCUGAAUCAGAGGUCGUUUUUGCACCUGAAAACGCCUAACACCUCUCCCAGAUGCGCAUGCUUGCACAAAUGGAACGUCUUUGCCGUGUUGCUAGGUGCAUCCUGGAAGGGGAAGAAGUUGGCAUCAAGCCCGUGCAGGGAUACCCGUGGGCCUUGCACCGGGUCUGCAAGACAUACAUGGCAGAGACACUUCCCCCAUCCGUGAGAACGCAACACCACGUCCCUCCGCACACCUCCCGAAUGACCGCUUCCUUUAACACGAGAUGGGCGCCCAGGCGGGGAUAGGAGAGCUGAACGAACUGCUACGAAUGGCCAUAGACGUGCGGUGUGGUUCACCCAGCGAUACCCCGACCUCUGGCACCGAUGGCCCAUGUUCCGGUAUUCACACCGGAACUACACGCACAAAGCAAGACAUCGACACACCCAACCAAUUUUCCAUACUCCGGAUCUAAUGGCGUUGCUGACUGGAUUUGAAUCUUACCCAUUUCUGCACAACGUCUGUGCACUCAUCACCAGGUAGCACCGAUAUCACCAUUUCGACAUCGGCGAAGAAUACAUACUUAGCGACAUAGGUCAGGCACUACUGGUAGAGCACGCACUAAUGCCCCCGGGAGAUCCCAGGAACGAGACCUGGGAUCCUUCCGAUGGUGGAAGGUAAAGUGCCCCUAGUCGAUGGAUUGUGAUGACCUGGGAUGAAGUUUAUUUGAGAGCUGAUCAGGAAUGGAGUUGGGCCGCCGUCGACCCGGCAGAUUCCGUUGGAUGCCGGCGGUGGGUGCGGAACCUGAGCGAUCCGCUGAGAAGUUGACUAGGGUGACAAGGUCAGGGGGCCCCGAAAUACCGGGGGAGGCAGGGUCUGCCGGGUAGCGGCUGCAGGGUGAAGAUAUGCCCCCCUUGUCCCACACAUCAGAAGAAGAAGAAGAAGAAGAAGAAGUACUUAGCUGCUACUUCGCAGGCUACGGUAUUAGUCUCGUCGCCAUGGAAACGGAACUUCGCAAUACAUCAGCCCCCUCCAGCAAUGCCCUUCACUGCGGGAACACAUCACAGCCUAUCGCAAAUUCGCCCCUUGUACUUAUCUCCUAGACCCUGCUCGUCUCCCCACACAAGGGGUGCCCUAGGAAAAAACCACGCAUACACAACUUCCUCACGAACAGAAACACGCUCUGGACCAUUUCUCCUGGGAGGUGUACACGCAAGCAUGGGACCAAGACCACUCAUUACUUCCAGUUGAACUCUGUUGCGAAAUAAAGCUAUUAAGAAGCGCUCAAUUGUAUUGUAUGAACUGUACAAGCAGAUCCGUAGCAGGACCGCCUUCACGAGUUGCGGAAAGUCAUUUAAGAAUUGAAGGCAUUAAAAAUGAAGCGAAUAACCAUCUGAAUGAAGAUGAAAUCUGCAUAUCUGCACCAAUCCACCGCACAAGUCCAAACUGCGUCCACUAGCUGUCGCAGACCGACACGUCCUCGAAGAUAUGACGGAAUCAACCGCCAAUCACCUGCACCGUCCGCGCAGGGCCGCCAGCCGCAGGGCCGCAAACGAUAUGGCCAGCAUCGAGAUGAUGGCGUACAUGCAGCCCAGCACGAUUAGGUCGGUGUUGAGCAGGUCCGAGUCGACUCCCAACAGCGACAGGAACAAGCUGCCCUUGACGGCGGGCAGACCCUGCGGCAAAUCCGGGGCACUAAAGGAUAGCACCAGCGGCUUGAGCUCAUUAAUAACGAGCGCCUCCCAACAGAACCUGAACUCAACGAACAACAAGCGACGACGGGGGAAGAAACGGGGAGGCGCGGAAGGGGGGGCACAUAUGGGGUUAGGACAAAGAAGGCGUGACACAGGGCUGCGACCAGGUGAUAGAGCAUCGCGGGUGUGAACCAGGGUUGGCUUCGUCAAAGGACUACAGCAGUGGCGAAGUGCAGAAGAGCCAAGCUCAAUCAAGGAAGGGAUGCAAUUGCAGGAGCAAGCGGUAAAUAUCGGACGGCUACGAGUUUUAUACAAGUUACAAGUGCCGCACGAGUGUGUGUGUGGGGUCCUUCAAAGCCGUGAGGCCAUGCAAUAUAUAUUAUUGAAAGAUGGUUACACCGUACAACCGACGGCGACUUGGGUCCUGUAAACUAGACCCCUCCUCAUCCAGUCACCCGACAUCCGUAGAGACAGAUCAGCCAUCACCACCAUCUCAGCAUGCGAAACUUAGUCCACCAACUAGACCUCAUCUCCACACUUCAGCAGCGAUUUGUAAACCUAUUUCUCCCGAUUAAUGUGGGGGUCUGACCAGGAAUCGAACCCAGAACCUUCAUCUAACUCAAAGGUGUCACCAGACCUGACGAGUUUUAUAGUAAGUGCACAAAGAGCACAGCGCUGCAGGCGAUGAGGACGCAAAACAUAUACAUGGUUGGAUGCCAUCAUAGAGCGCCCGGGUGCAGCCGAACGGUGCCUGAUUCAUAUGCCACCGUCGGCUGCCUUCCCUCAUAUUCCCAAGCUACUCAUAGCUCCAACGUCAAAGCAUACGCAGCCAAGUAGGUUACCGAGCAUGCGGAGACAACUGACACCUCUACAGGUAAACGGCCCCCCGCGAGAGCUAGGUAGCAAGGCCAGCUUAGGCAGCUCGGUAACGUACGUGUGCGCACCUGAUGGGGCUGAGGUACACAAUCCAGCGCAGCCAGGCCACAAUGGUGUCCUUAUUUGCCAGGAAGCCACUGAACAGGGCGCAUAUCAGCAGCAGCAGGUUGAGCACUAGCACGGUGCGGCCGGGACUGGAGAAGACGCAGCUCAAGGCGAUGCAGGCGGCGCCUGUUCGCGAGGCAGGGAGUGACCAGGGUUGUAAGCGGAAGGGUAAGGAAGGAUAUGCGCGAUAAAAUCAAAACGGAAACCAAAAAACGCAGCUGCAACAAUAACUUACAUUCGAUAGGAUAGGUUAAGAGGGAAAGCUUUAACUAUGCGGGCCACAAACAAAGUGGGAGAGCUGAAAGGACGACAUUUGCGGAUUGCGAGAGCACAGACCCAGCCGCUUCUGACGACCUUCCUUCCCUCUAUAACCGCUAGCACAUGCAGGUCCGACGCGCCAGCUGGCGGCGACCGCGCACCUGAUAAGCAGGACAUGGUGGUGAAGGCGCCUAUGAAGGUGAAAAACGCGGCAGCUUGGACACGGAGACCCAUCAGCCUGGGACACAAAAAGUUGGACCGUUUGGGGGUUGGCCAUUGGCCGAGUUGAAACUUUCUCAACGACUUGACGGCGGUAUAACUUAUACGGCCUUACUGUUGCAAGGGACGCGCGGACGGGUUGAGGCGCGGUUGCCUGCACACAAGAACUAGAGCCGCCGUGCGGUACGGUAGACAGAGGAUCAGGGAAAAAGACAGAAUGAGAGACACGCAGACGGCAAGCGCCGCACAACACAAGAGGCCCUGAGGGUAGCCAUUGCAAAGAAGCCAACCGUGCGGACGAGCUGUUCCAGUCCCACGGCCCACUGUGGACCCAAUCCAUGACCCGAAACGCAACCCUUAAGACACCAGUAAAAAGGCACGCCGAACGCCCAGGCUGGCAGAGCGCGCAGCAGGACGCCGUCCAAGACGAGCUUAACUAUGACGUAAGGUACGACGCCGUAUGACCGACGCAGCAAGUCGCGAUCCACGGUAGCUCGUUCCGGGUACAGUCCGUCCACGGCUGAGGUGGCGAAGCAGGCCAGCAGCAUGACCGCGAAGAAGAUGGCGCCCACACGAUUCUGGGCGCCUGAGGGAUCAGGAAUAAGGACGGGGCCAUUCGAGGCGGAUCAGGAGACGCAUGCAAACGGGGGGACACGAGCAGAUGCAUGCAUGUCGGGCGUAGGAGCGGGAAAGGGAAGAGAUUGCGGUUGCUGCUUUCAACGACGGGUUUGUUUCGGUGGGGACUACGUGUCAGGUCAAUCUGUCGAGGGAAGACGAGCUGCUGCCGAUCGUUAGCGAACGCAGUGCAGCGGCGGGCAGUGCGUGCGACCGACUGGGCGGUCCUUCCCCGGCCGCUCCGCGAUACCACCCAUCCCAGGUACCAAACACAUGUCCCACCUGACACAUUGAGAUUGGUGUCGCUGAACACUCCUCCCACCAGCAGCCCUAGCGCCCCCGUCACUACCAGAUGUAAUGCCAGCAGGGAUGGGUUCCGGAGCAUGUCCAGUCCGCUGCGCCAUGCAACAACGCCCAGCUCCAACCAAAAUCGCCGCAACCUCACACUCGCGCCGGAUCCGCCUCCUCGCCCGUGUACCAAGGAUCGAACAUACUUGGUGUCGCCAUCGUCAAAGGCUGCCGCUACUGCUGGUGGCGGCGAUGAUGGCUGCUCAACACCGUUUGCGGUAUGCCAGUUGCACAGCUGUGCGGCCUGUGCCGGAUCGAACACCAAGUCCAGCAGGUGCUCCGCGAUAUGCACGUCCGGCGGCGGCAGCGGCAGCCCCGCCGACAUCAGCACUGCUGACAUACUACCCGGCGGCCCCGCCGCCGCCACCUGGCCGCCAGCCAUCACCAUUACGAAAUCCAACGCCCCGAACAGCGCUGGUGACGGCUGAUGUAAGGAAAUUAUUACCACACGGGGCCCCAUGCCGCCGCCACCAGUCACAGCACGGCUGUCAGUCGCCACGUCCCGCAGCACCGCCAUGGUCGAUCUGGCAGUGGCGGAGUCCAGCCCUGACAGCGGCUCAUCCAGCAGCAGCAGCGGCGGGUCGGAGACCAGCUCCAUGGAGACGGAGACGCGGAGGCGCUCGCCGCCCGAUAAGGAAGCGCCGCCACCGGGCCAUGCCAUGCGGUGGGCCAGGUAGGAGAUGCCCAGCUUCCGGAGCACCGACUCCACGCGUGCCUGCGCACCAUCAUCAUGCGAUACCGCGCACAACUGGAUUGGCACGUAGUAUACACUGCACAAAGACUUCACAGACAAGCCCAUUUGCAACCUGCACCUCGAGCGCUCAGUGCUACCGCAUCACAGCCAUUCUCUGCUGCCACGCGUCUUGUUAACCAUAUGCCUUAUCACAGUCCACCUGGAUGUCUCUGCGAUUACUGCUGAUUCAAACCAAGGAUACCUCGCCUCCAUCAACCAUGGCAUCGGCCCAGGUGCCCCUCCACCGCUGCAGACAGGGCCCGUUAUGGCGGCGAUCCAGGCAUUGCCGCACCUGAUAACCCCCUCGCGCAGCUUAUCCUUACAUCACACAUGUGCACCCUCACCUCCUAUCCUCAGCAAUGCUGCCCCGUUCCCUAACCCAGCCCCUGCUACUCCCCAAAGCUACAGCCGGCUUCUCGCGGGAUCGCAUCGGUGUGGGGUCCCCCACACCUGCACGUGGCCUCGUCCACGCCGCAGCUCCCCGAAACUGAGCCGCAGCGCAGCGCUGGUCGCCACACACUCCGCCACAGUCAGGGAGCGACACAGCAAGUCGUGCUGCGGCACGUGCCCGACCAGUGCCGCCAGGUGCCGCGGCUCCACCACGGUCCGGCCGUCCAGCCGUACGGUGCCGUCCAGGUCCCAGUGCAAUCCCGGCUGGAUGAGGCCGGCCAGGACGCUGAGCAGGGUCGUCUUGCCCGAGCCAGAGGGACCCAUAACUCCCAGAAUCUGGCGGGCAUGGGGAGUCGAGAAGGGAGUCGGUGCUCAGGGAGUUGGUGAAAUCAUUUAACGGAUGAUACUCAAAUGAUGAGCUGCUGGUGUAUUGUUUGGUACUGCAAAUGGACAAACAUGGGUAACAAAAAGGUACUGUUAAAAGUAUUGUUAACGUGAGGAGAGUGGGAGGCAUGGAAGGCAACGCACAAGCCAUACGGGACGGGGUAAAGAUCCAUAAGAGGAGGCUUUGGCGCUGGCAUACAGGCAGGCUUGACUUCUGUUAGUAGCAACCGCUGGAACUAGUAAGGCAGGAUGCACUGCAAGAAACGGUUGCUGUAUGUAUAAUAAGCACUGGGGGAGAGCUAUCCAAAGCAUUACAUACGCUAAGGCUGGCGCCCGGGCCCUGUCCAGGGACACUCCUUACCUCUCCGCUGACCGCUUUCCCCGAGACGUUCCGCAAUAGCGUCGCUGCGGGUUGGACGUGCCACGGCCUCAGGGCUGCGCGGCGCGGCCGCGUGCGCAGCUGCAAGCCGUGCCAACUGGCUCAGAAGGUGGGAGCACAUCAGGAACGGAGGGCGGGAACGGCAAGGUGCUGACGUGGAAGGCCGGCCCAAAAAUGAGAACCGUAGGACGAAGUCUUUGCGUAUACCAUCGGCGUGAGGCCACAUACGCAGCCGAGCAACCAGGAGGCUUAACAACGUGUAUGUUCGCGCUAGGAGAACCCGCCUUUCCCAUGGCCCUCCGCCCGAUCCUUACGCGACAACCCAUCCUCAGCCCCAGAGGCCGUCCUCAGCCCCAGAUCCAUAUCUCCAAUUUUGCACGGCCGCACAACACAGUGAAAGGACCUCACAAACGACCUGCUCGUGCUCGUCAGAGCAUACGGCGCAACCAAACAUGGCAUGGUCCGCUUACCUCAGCACCUGCACCAUGGGUCGGUCGCUGCCCUGCUUCGUGGCGCCAGAUUCGGCGGCAUUGAGCUUGGCUGCCGGGGGCGGGCCUGUUGGCAGCAAAGCUCCCGCUCCGGUGCCCGCGGCCUGCUGGUGUCUUGCCGCCAUUACGCCAAUGCCCCUGCCAAUGCCGUCUUCUGCGCUGCUAGCAACCUCGCUAUGGCUCCUUUCCGUUCCCCUACUGCCCCUGGCGGCCAUAUCUUCCUGCCGGGGCGUCUCCCCUCCUGGCAACGUCCUCAGUUGCCCCGGCAGCGGCUGCCUCGAAGCCGGCCGCGGCGGAGGGCAUGACAGCAGCGGCUGCCCCGAAGCCGGCAGCAAGGUGCACUGCUCGCCAAGCGGCGAGUCUGCCACGUGCGCCACAACGGCAGGGGGGUCCCCACCCACCGCCAGGACUUUUCCUCCGCCUCCGCCACUUCCACUACUGCCGCCCGUCUGCUCGCCUCCAAGUCCUGGCGCCGCUGGCGGCUCUUCGAUGCCCUCGCCCAGCGGCCUCGCAGGCCCCGCAGAUGCAGCGUCAUCAUUAGAAUCGUGUCCCACAGGCCCAGGGCAAACCCAGUGUCCAUACGACGCCAUGGCGGCGACGGUCGCGGUAGCAGCUAGCAGCAGCACCAUGCUGGGCACCCAGGAGACGACAGGAGCAACGGCCAAGUGCGCCCUCGAUUCAAGAUCCCCUGCAGCGGAUAAUAUAAGUGAUUUGCGGCGGUGGCACCAGCGGCAAGCCAGUUCAGACACGUGUCAUAACACCGCAUCACUCCUUAAAUGAUGAAGUACAACUCUCGAGCCCAUUGCUGGCCUUACAGCCGCAGCACAGCCUCUCGAUAGGAGGUUUCAACCCGCAGAAGAUACCGUUACAAGUUACAAGUUCCGCAGAAGAUACCGAGGCGGGUCCGCGCCCUGCUCCGUGGUUAUGCGUGCUACUCCCGUCUUCACAUGCCAUCGGAAGGUGUGCCGUAAAAUCCGGGCUGUGUUUUGUGUGAUGAUUGCACUGAUGCUGGCCGGUUAGUGUAGGUUAUACGACAACGGCAGGUCAUCGUAGAAAACGAGAGGACGAUACCAUUGGGUGCUGUGUCCGCGUCGUACGGUCGGAUUAGUGUGGGGGCCCCAUCGGCUCUUUGCGCGUCCCUAUAUACUGGUAACGGACCUGUGCUGACGAAGACGCUUCCGUUGACGGGAUCGAGGCACUCGGUCGCCUUGCAGCUGAUGGGGAUGGCCGGAAUAGGCAGGCCGUUGAGCUCGAUGCUACAGCUGCUGGUGCCGUCUGCCGCCAUCUCAGAGGAUUUCGAGGCCUCGGCGCCGCACGCGAGCUUCACACCACUUUCAAGGGUCGUAAACGUGGUCUCGGAGACAAUAGCUGCAGGUGCAGCCCACGCAGGGGGCCGGGUAGUGAGAAGGAGGAAGGAACCAACAAGACAGGAUUAACUUAGCACUGCAGAAGUCCAAGUCAACCUAGAGAAACGGAGAGGGGAUAAGGAGACGGCGUUGUCGCAUGACGUGGGGAAAUGCAGGCCACAGGAGGAAGCAGGAGUGUUGAUAAGGGGCCCUGAGCGCGAGCUGAAAAAGGCCACACCUUUCAGAGGCACAACCCAGCGCCUACUCACACAUUGAUCGUGCAUCCCCCUUCGAGCGCCCACCCAACCGACCCACCACUGGAGCAGCCCCGCGGACAGGCGCACUUGACCACCGGGCAGUGCACCUUGGUGCUGCCGACGGCGAACUUGCAGUCCCAACCGGUACACACCACCACGGCAUCAAGUGGCAUGUCCGAGGACCGGAAUGACAGCUGACAGUAGGGGGUGGAGUUGACCGGGCUGUUGCCGUAUGCCAAACCGGAGCCAAUGGCCAUGUCGCUAAUGGAGGAUACGCCCCAACCUGAAGAGUGCUUCCAGCGGAUGAGAAGGAGAAGAGGAAAACAGGGAAACAAGGAGCGGCGGGUCACCCCGAUUUUGCGAGGGCAAGCUCCCGGGUCACGCUCAUGCCAAGCUCUUAUGGGUAUGGCCACAGGGUGAAAAGGGAAACGGCGGUGGAAUGCACCCGUGUGCAGCCCUGCCAUGAAUCCUGGGGUUCAGACACGCUUUACAGGGGGGAUUUGGGUUAUGAAAGUCACUACGGGGCACACGAUGGUGGUCUUCAAAAAAGUGUCCCAACAGAGCAGCUUCGUUCCCCAACGGCCGAUGAGUGCAUGUCAACCACUAAUGGCUUCUUCUCUACGCCCCUUUCACGCAACAUUUGCUCCCCCUUGGGACCGCUGACACCUUUGCUGCAUCGCCCUUCGGCUUUUUUCUGCAAUUUUUCUUUCUACUCCUAGCGUGUGUUUGCCAACUGCUGCAUUUUCAUUUCUUCAACUUUCCCUACCCGGCUUUGUGGUGCUGCAGUUGAAAUUGAUGACGGUGCCGACGAAAACCGCCACGGCCGGGUUGAGCACAUUACAUGUAUACUGCUUGGAGGCGGUGCGGGGCUGGUACGCAGGGGACAUGGAGCACUGGGCGGUGGAGGAGGACAGACGGGUCUGGCGGUGGGGAUCAAGUAGCGUCAAGGGAGCAAGGGAAGGCGAGCGGAGGCACAGGGCACGGUUAGACACGGGACAGGCGGAAAGAAACAGAGGAGGAUGUAGGGAAAAGCGGGCAGUUGAAGGGUGCGAAACCAUCGGAUCCCACGAACAUAAAUCGCACAUAAAUCCCACACCAUCGGAUCCCACGAACAUAAACAUUUAGUUGAUGUUGUUACAGGGUGGUUAAGCUUCACCAGUGGCCUCCUUCCCGAGGCAAUUCCCUGCUCUCCCCUGCUAGAGGGGCACCCUAAGCCAUUCACCCCAUCCGACUUCAGAGUGUACUCUUUGAGUUUGGCAACUCACCACCAGCAUCCAACCAAAUCUAGCGGAUCGACGGCGCCUCAACUUAGUUCCUGGUCAGCUCGCGAGUUGAUUUUAUCACGUCCUACACCGUCCACAAGAUGGGGGGCCACCUCCCAUUUCACCACCUCUCAAACACCCGAGAGGUCGGCAGGCGGAUUUGAACCCGGGUCGACCGGGAGCAGAAGUCAGGCCUUAACCUCUGCCAGCCGCCUGCCUAUAGUUACAUUACAAAAUUACAAGAACAUAUGUGAUAUUAAACAUAUGAUGCAUGAUAUUUGUUACAUUCAUUAAAGAUGCUAACAGAAAAAUAAAUAUUAUACUAUUAAAAGGUUACAUAAGGUGGCGUACAUAGGUGGAACGGGACUAGGCAAUGCUCAAGGCCAACAGCCCUUAUACGCAAGCGAAUUUCAUAUGAGAGUGUAGACACACACACACAGACACAAUAUAAUACCGAUAUUGGAAGUCCGUGAGAACGAGCGCUGCCGGUGUCAUGCCGCUUGUGCCAAGGACGCCCGAAAGCUCACUGGAUGCAUCACAGCUGAGUCAGCCACCAGCCCUGGAGCCCGCGAGCCAAGGAAUCCAUGCCUGACUGUGGUUCCCAGUCCCUAGACAUCCAGAGGCCCAUGCGUUCAAGAGCGACCUCGCGCACCCACUUACUCGGCACGCCGUAUCGGAAGUGCACAUGAGGCAGCCUCUGCCGGUAAAGCCUGAUGGACAGGCGUUACAGUUGGUGCCGGUCGCGUCCCAGUCGUAUCCCACGGGGCAAGUACCUGCACGAUGUGCCCGCGGUGAGCGUUUGCGUCAUUCCAGCAAGCAAACUCCUCAGACCCGAAGGAGAGAACUUCAACGGCGAGCGGCCCAGAGGAGCAGGGUAGCGGGGCAGAGGCACUGCAAUUUCCCUACUUCCUCACCUUUCACAUAAUAUAGCCAGGGACAGGGAUCGUUAGGGGCGCUGUCACCGUGCCGUCGUCCCAUACAGAACCAAACCCUACUCUACCAUUGCCACCGAUACAACAGCUGCAGCGCAAACAGCACAACCACGACAACUGUCCUGGCUUUAGCACGUAGUAUACGGCAUUGCCCGCGCGCAAGUCGUGCGGUGAUGGCGUCGAGCCCGCCCGAUUGUGACUUGACCCCCUGAAAACGGAUCUGCUUCCACAGGUGGAAUUUUUCUAAUUCAACCUCCCAACCUUUCGAACGCGUGCAAAUGCCCAUAAAAUCUUCCAGAAGCCUGGUAGGUUGUGAACUGUACCGACCCACCAUUGGAAGGCGACACGGAAACUGCGGUCGUGUUGGCAAGGCACGUUGAGGAAUCGGCCGAGAUCACCCCGCCGCUGGCGUCACAGUAGCCCCAGGGCAGGUUGCACUGCUGGGAGGAGUCUGCCAGCACGAGCAGGGUGGAGGGUACACAUGAAUACGUGAGCACGGGCGCUAUACCUGAUCCCCUGAAAAUCUGUCGUCCCUCCGCAAACCUCUCCUAGAACUAAGGUGGCAUGAUUCCGAGCGCAUGGGCGCACGCAAUCCACUCCAGGCCUAUUUCACCUUUCAGCGUACAAACUGGCAGCCAAGCAGUCACAACUCUGGUGUCCGACGGGGCCCUGAAGCAACAUCCAUCCCGACACCGCGCAUUCCCUAUCGCCACAUCCAGAUCCGGCCCUUAUGGUACCUUUCGACCAGCCACAGUCGCAUACGCAGUUGGCCGUGCCAUUGACGAUCUCGCAGCGUCCGUAAUCACCACAGUAGCUCGGGCAGUCCAAGAUGGCCUGGCCGCCUCAAAGGAAAGGCGCAAAGAAAAACAAGGUUCCCGUGUGGCGCACAGCAAACGUAGGUUGGCUAAGGAAAAUACCGGGACUGGAGUACCCGGUACACAUGUGUGGCAUGCAUGUGGGUUGAAUGGUGCUCCAUUUCAUGAGCUCAUUGAACGCACAGGUCAGCGCACCUUUUACAACAACAUACAAAGGAUUCUGAUAAGGUAACCACAGAGCCCGUGAGACAACUUCGGUAAAGCACGUUGUGACUAAGGACGGGUGAGGAUUACGCCGUGGAUGGUCAUCGGAAACGAAUGGAGCAGUGUUGAAGCAACGGCCUCCAGCCCGUCCGAAGCCAAGCUGACCGGGUCCUGGUCGCAGCCUCCAGCUCUGCCACUACUUCAUGAGGUAUCCAGUGCGCCAUGAUUGGCCGUAGAUCAAGGCCCACCCAUUUAAACACCGUCUCAAGACGCAGUGGGAUCCGAAACCCGUACUCCCGAGUAUGCCGAUGCAUUAGAGCAAAGAUGCCUUGCCACGUGCAUGCGGAGGAACCCGUGCACCGUCCCUCCCUGGCCAUCAGCACUGGUAAGUCUCGCAUUCAUUACGGGAUCAGCUGCUGACAGCGCCACCGGCAACUGCACGGCAGGCUGUAGAUGAGCAGCUGAAUACAAGUGCGCAACUGCGAGCUGACACGGCUUCACCACUGCGACCCACUUUCUGACCAGUGAGCUGUGUACCUGUGAGCCGACAACGCAAGAAUCGGGGAAAGCCCUCCUGGACGCUCAGAGCUUAUUGUCCAGAGCCCUGCUUAAGAAGAAGCCGAGCCGCCGCACUUCCUCCCAAGCGCCUUCUUGCUCACCAUCUUCCCGGGCUUCCCAACCUCCAACCCACCUAGCUACUACGCACCGUUGCCCUAAGGCUGGCCGUCAGCGUCACGUUGGCAAUCGACUUCCAUGCCACACCCGAGAUGUUCAGGUUGCCAACCGCCUGGUACGUCAGCUCCAGGGACGGCACGUCCAGUACCAGCAUGAUGCUGCCACUGACCUCCUGCGCGGCAUGCAGCCCAGGGUUCAAAUACGUCAACAGGUAACGGCUGAUUGCGGAGCGACCCAUUAAUUCUGUGAGCGCCCGUGCGCAUGGAUCGCUCCUGCUCUUGCGCCCUGGCAACUCAGGGGAAACCAGCUCCCCGGGAUGCGGCGCCCUUGUGGUUGCGCACCUUGACUAGCAGCACUUUCUUUACAAAAGAAUGACGACCGGCACGGCUCGCAGGCAUCACGCACACGACGUGCAUGAGCACAACCUAGCCGAAAUCAGCAAUCCGAGAGGACACAAGUCGAUGGGAACAGUGUACAACGCACACCGUGGGCUAAUGGCCGACUUGCCGACUUUCAACUACAUACCUUCAACCCCACAUGCCCUGGUUUCCACGGCCAAUGUCCCACGCGUUUACCUAACAGUCCGUUGCGAUUGCUUCAACCUCUAUCUCGUCUGCGUUCUUCGCGCGCUAACGCAAGGGUUCGUUGGAAUUCUCGUUUCCUUGAAUACUUCCACUUCCAGCCUUGCUUUCCUUCGUUUCCUUGCCUGCCGUCGUGUCGCUUCUUCCUUUGCCCCUUCAUAUACCUUCUUGUCCGCUCUUCUUCUCUACCCGACAAUUGAUUUCCACGUGCCGACCUUGCUCGAUUAAGUACGCUCUUCCUUUCUUGUGAUCUGUUUGUCCUUUCGGCAACCGUGUGGCACGAGUUGCGGUGCGGCAGUUGUAGCCUUCAACCUAUGACAACUCCUCUAGUUCGUUUCCCCACGCCGCUUCCUUUCCCAACCGCCAUUGCAGCCAACCCCGUACCCUCCAUUCAGUGUCUGCCAACCCGCAUUACCGCCCACACGUCGUCGCUGGCUGGUUACAAUGAUACCAAACCUACGAGCCUGACCGUACCAUUGCCGGGCUUUGGCACUGCUGUGCGGAAAGCUGCGAUCCCUUAACAAAUACUCAUCCUGGGAAAGGCCUCCAGCUAAUCAGUUCACCAUUUCGUUCCUGCCGUUCCAGCCCAAAGAGUCAAAUCAGAAUACGUAGAAUGGAACCCGGUACCUGACAUCCAUGACCGUCCCUUCCUGAUCGGACUCCAAGCCAGGCUUCUUAACACCACCGCUGUGCGCCUCGCGCGUGCUCAAGCCACCCAAAUUUUUUCGAUCUAGCGAAGGUCUCCAUGCCAUUCCAAUGGCUUCUCACCUUGACAUGAAAGGACACCGCUACUCCCGACGCGUCGGCAGUGAGGUUCUGGAGGUUAUCAACCCGCGUUUUGGUGAUAAAGCUGUAACUGCUCAGCCAGCCAUCGACCAGUUCCGUACUGACCCCGCCCGUAUAAGAGCCGGACUGGCCGCUGGCUGCUGCGAGAUCCCGUAUGGUAAAAGUGGCGCCCAAGGUGGACACAUUGUAGUCGUAUUUGGGUGUUUCUGCAUCUAAUCCUGCUAUGAUCGUCUGGCCAAGGUUUAAGACAGGGUACACGCUGACAGGCUGCUUGUACGUGGUAGACGGCGGCACGGAGGUCAACGUGAACUUGGACCAGUUUGCAAGCCAAGCCGCGCGAUCGGCUGGAUUAGGGCAGGCGGGAAAGGCCUGACUGACUGCAUAUAAGAACCCGGUAAACCCGCGCGGAACGUCGCGGUCAAAAGUCACAGGGGAGGAUAGUGGGGUGUUUCCGGACGUAAGCUCGUUGCGGCUGGUAAGCACGACUUUGCUGGCCUGCGCAUCCAGUUUCAGGCGAACGACGCAUGAUGCUCCAACGGACUGAAACACUGUGAAGUCCACUAGGAAAGCCAGCACCAAGGCAUGUGCUAACCAAGGCCCUAUCAUGCCUGUUGGCCAGAGGACGCCACGCUGAUAGUGCCAAGCGUGAUCUCGUCGAAAGUAUAAUGGCCAAAUACAGCGGAAGACGUAGAAUAGGCGUCUCUGUGUCCCACGUACUCCAGGACUUCAACGCCUUACUACGACCCUAUAUUUGUCCCCUUGCAAGCUCCUGAACUAGAUCAUAUCUAAGAAUUUAUUGCUGUUAGCCGGAUGUGUACAUAUGCGUAUGCGACCGAGGAAAGGAACACAAAAACAACGAGCAUAUGAAACUUGAGGAAUUCGGCUGGUCAAUGUAGGGAACCAGAUGAACGACAUCGGAACAGGAAAUUGUUAGCGAAUCGAGGUAGGAAAGUGGACAGUCAUCUAAUAAGUCUUUAACCUUGAAUUUGAGUACUGUACGCAAUGGAACUCCAGUUGAGCUGUGGUACCCAUAGUACCUAGGUUAGGUGACCAUAUUGUAAAAAUCUGUCAGUUUACAUAUAUUCUUUACAUCACUGCAAAUAUACUAAAGACCUCCGUGAACCUGUCUGUAUCUCGCUUAUUUUGGAAGCACCAUAGUCCCUUCCCCAUCAAUUGCAACCUAUAAGGAAGCUCGGUUUUGCAUAUAGAAGUGGAAGACCUAGUAACCUUUAGAAAUUUUAGCAUCGGCAACUGGUGGUACCUGCCUACUAGGAGCCAUGAGCAAUACGGGGGGACUAUUCACCGGCCUCCAAAGGCCAUUUUCAGCACGUCGAAAGAAAACGGAAGAUAUGGGCAAGGCCGACGCAGGAGGAACCGGCCUCGGCGAACAGGCUAUCAGCGAAUCUACAAGGCAGAAAGUUGAGGCAGCCAAGCAAUACAUCGAGAACAUGUAUCGAGUAAAGCAAGAAAACAUAGGGAACCGUUAUGCCAGGCGGAGUGCACUCGAGAAGGAGCUGCAGCUUGAGGGUCUGCCAGAAAGUGAAAAGCAGCAGAUGCUAUCGAACCUGGAGAAACAGGAAAGCAACUUCACCCGAUUGCAACGGCAACGUAUGACAGCCGAUGACUUCGAUUCGCUGCGAAUCAUCGGGAGAGGCGCAUUUGGAGAGGUUCGCGUGGUGCGGGAGAAGCUGACGGGGAAGGUUAUGGCGAUGAAGAAGCUUAGAAAGGCGGAGAUGCUCUCGAGAGGGCAGGUUGCCCACGUCAAGGCUGAGCGCAACGUCUUGGCCGAAGUGCAGAACCCGUACAUAGUGAAGCUGUACUACUCCUUUCAGGACGAGGAGUAUCUAUACCUGGUAAUGGAGUACCUGGCCGGCGGAGACGUCAUGAUGUUGCUGAUGCGUAAGGACAUCUUCACGGAGGAGGAGACUCGCUUCUACAUCGCGGAAACAAUCUUGGGGCUUGAGUCCAUCCACAAAGCCGGUUACAUCCACAGGGACAUCAAGCCGGAUAACCUUUUGCUGAGCCGAGAAGGCCACGUGAAGCUGUCGGAUUUCGGGCUCUGCAUUUCCGUGGAUGUGCAUGCUCUUCCCACGCUAGCAGAGGGCGAUGAGUACAAUGACACGGGGUCAGUGGCACGGGGUUGUGUGACGAUGCCGUCCACCUCGAUGCGGCCUCAGGCGGAGCAGCUGCUCCAAUGGCAAAAGAACCGCCGGCAACUGGCCUUUUCAACAGUCGGCACUCCGGACUACAUCGCGCCGGAGGUCCUCAUGAAGAAGGGCUACGGUAUGGAGUGCGACUGGUGGUCCGUGGGCGCCAUCAUGUUUGAAAUGCUGGUAGGCUAUCCGCCUUUCUACAGCGAUGAACCGUUGACCACCUGUCGUAAGAUCGUCAACUGGCGCAUGUUCCUGGCCUUUCCCGUGGAGGCCCGGUUGUCGCCCGCGGCUCGUGAUCUCAUCUGUCGGCUGAUGUGCGACGUGGAUGACCGCAUCGGCACGCGCGGCGGGGUGGAGGAGAUCAAGAGCCAUCCUUUCUUUUAUGGGAUAGACUGGGCCAAUCUAUACAUGAAGCCGGCGCCCUACGUGCCGAGGGUGGAUCACGAGCUAGAUACGCAGAAUUUUGAGCACUUUGACGAGGACAAGUCCGGGAGCCAAGGCGGCACGGCGGGAGGUGGCUCGGGGCGCGGGAAGAAGUGGUUGGCGAAAGCCGAUCCCAACUUCAUUGGCUACACGUACAAGAACUGGGACGCGGUUACCCCGCCAGGUAUGGCGUGGAUGUUUCCCUGGGAGGUUGAGAUGAUGUAA